GUUUUCUAGUUGCAAUGGCCGAUGGCCACUGGCUCAAUUGGUGUCGUCUCUGUGCCAAAGACGACGUAAGGGGCAACGUCAAGAUUUACACAAGCACCAAUGAGACCACAUGGAACAGUGUCCUGGUGAUGGCAGUCAGAAAGUAUUUUGAUGUGCACAUGCAACUCGAGGAUGAGCUGGGGAGUGUGCUCUGCAAAGAGUGUUAUACUCUAAUUAGCGAGUUGAUUGACUUUGCCGAGCAUGUUACUAAGGUUCAGGCCAUUUUUGAGGUAUUGCGUCGAUCCGAUCCCAAUAAGCAGCUCGACAUGGAAGCUCUGCGCCAGCAGUAUGGACUACGGGAAGGUGACUGGACGCACAUCAUCAAACCGGUGUCGGAAUUCGAGAACAAUCCAACAAAACAUAUUACUAUUGAGGAAAAACCAGUUGCAGCAGAGCUGCCAAAGCAGGAAUUCAUAGACUUAGGCGCCGGCACGGCGGAUGAAACGCCAAAGUCGUUACCAAAAGAUGAAAUGAUUGUCAAUAGUUUACCGAUCGAAGAAAUUUUAGUAGCUGAUUGGAAUGACGACGUGGAUGGUAAAGACAACCCCAUUAAGCCUCGCGCAAGACGAAGAAUUGUAAAAGUGUCCAAAAAAGAACUUCCUGCUAAAACCGUAAGAAGGAAAAAAGUCAAUUUUAAGGAGAAGGUGGAAAUGUCAAACUGUACUGAAGACUUCAGGUCUCUACCGGAGAACGUCAAUGAUAAGCGUACCUACAGCCCCGAAGCAGACUUGGAAUUACGUCCAGUAUCUGGAACCGGCCAAAAAGAUGCAGAACAGCCCCUCGAAGAUUUACCCAACAAAGAUAUUGAUGACAUUCCCUCCAAGCGUAGAGAUAUGAAGUGCAGUUGGUGUGGCAAAGUGUAUCACAAUCCAGCCUCAUAUCAGAAGCACCUAAGUCUUUCCUGUCGUAAGAUCCAGCAGCGCACAAAACGGGAUAAGAACACAUACUGUGAGCUCUGCAACAAGACACUAUCGUCGGCUGCCGCACUGAAGCUACACCGAGAGGGCAUGCACGAAAAUGCAAAGCCCUAUGUGUGCGACCAUUGUGGGAAGCAACUGAAAACCAUAACGGCCCUAAUCGAGCACAAGCUGGUGCAUACGGAGGAUCGUCCUUUUAUCUGUUCGAUAUGCAAGGCGGGCUUUAAGAACAGAGCGCGACUGAAAAUUCACUACCAAAUCCAUGAGGAACCCAAUUACGUGUGCAACAUUUGUGGGAAGAAGCUUCAGACACGCCGCACCUGGAACAUGCACAAAUUGGUUCAUAGCGAGGAGCGUAAAUUCAAAUGUGAUGUUUGCGGUGCUCUCUUCAAGCGCUCUAAGACCCUCAAAAAGCACUUGCUAAGUCAUACCGGAUUGCGACCCUAUCUGUGCAACUAUUGUGGCCAAACAUUCGCUUGCAAUGCCAAUUGUCGCGCUCACAAGCUAAAGAAACAUCCUCAGGAGCUUAAGAAAGAAGAAGGCGAUGGUAUACCGUCACGCCUAAGUGUGCCUUCACUACAGGAGCUGCGGAUCAUGUCACAAAAAAUACCCAAAGUGGAAGUCGCCUAACUAAUGCUCGUAUUCGUCUAAAACUUUAAUAAAAAAAUUAUUUAAUCGCAUAUUAAUUUAAGA